GUUCCACACAUACCUGGUGAUGGAGCUUCUGCGAGGUGGGGAACUGCUCGAGCGCAUCCGGAGUAGGAAACAUUUCAGUGAGCUGGAGGCCAGCCGGAUAAUGAGGAGCCUGGUGUCUGGAGUCAGUCACAUGCACGACACCGGGGUAGUGCACAGGGAUCUGAAACCAGAGAACCUGCUGUUUGCGGACGAGAGGGAGGGGGCAGCCAUCAAGAUCAUCGACUUCGGGUUCGCCCGCAUCAAGCUGCCCAACAGCCAACCCCUCCAGACACCCUGCUUCACCCUGCAGUACGCAGCCCCCGAACUGCUGAAGGACCAGGGCUACGAUCAGUCCUGCGACCUCUGGAGCCUGGGCGUCAUCUUGUACACCAUGCUCUCCGGCCAUAUCCCCUUCCAGAGCACCUGCAAGGGAAUGUCAUCCACCAACUCCACCGAGAUUAUGAGGAAGAUCAAGGGCGGAGAUUUCUCCUUCGGGGGCGAGGCUUGGAAAAACGUGUCCGAGGGAGCCAAAAACAUCGUUCGAGGUCUACUCACAGUGGAUCCCUCGAAGAGAUUGAAAAUGUCGGAUUUACGUCACAAUGACUGGCUGCAGAAUGGCAACCAGCUCUCCUCAGCCUCACUGAUGACUCCUGACAUCCUGGAUUCUGCCGGAACGACUGUCAAUACCUAUUUCAAGGCUACAUUCAUGGCGUUUAACCAGUGCAAGAGGGAAGGCUUCCUGCUGAAGAGUGUGGACAACGCCCCCCUGGCCAAGCGCAGGAAGCUGAAGAUGAGCGCGGGGGUCGAGACGCGGAGCUCGAGCGACAGCUCAGCCUCAUCCUCCUCGUCGGGUGCAGCCCCCAGGCCCAAGGGGACGCCUGCCCGAGCGUCCAAACACAAGAAGCUGGCCCCCAUCUCCCAGACCUCGUAGGAGGGAGUCACCCAUGGGAGGGUUGGGGAGGGGGGAGAGGCGACACAGCAACGAAUCGAACCCCCCCCACCCACCAUCCACCCUGCCCCGCCCUCCUCUCCUUGCCUUCCCCCAACUCCCCCCACCCAGUGAGCUGAGGAGGCGGCUAUUUGACUGUGAGGGGCAUCGCCACCCUUUUCAAAAGCUUAUUCCCCAGAUUCCUACCGGCAGGGGGGGAUGGUAAUUAUCCCCCACGGUGGG